ACUCAAAAGUGACGCAGCAAUACAAACCUGACGCGCUGAAUAUUAUGCGCUGAAUAUUAUCAAUAUUAUACGAAGCUUUUCGAAAUUUCACCCAAUUUCACCGUGAACGGGCGUGAACGCCGAAUCAUUUUGAUAUACAUAUUUUGAUGUCACUCGUGAUUUUCUAUCUUUAGGAGUCACAGUCACGCUCAUUCAGUCACAGUCACGCUGUAACACAGAUCUGUAAUGGCUCCCCGGCGAAGGGGCACGCGGCAGUGAAGGGCCGUUCGCUGACAGCGGCGCGCUGAGACUCGCCAUGGCCAGUCACAGCAGCGGCGCGCCGCCGCGCAACAGCGGCGCUCACCAGCUGGCCGAGGGCGUGGCCCGGCUGCGGGUGGCGCCGGCCACGGCCGAGGCGGCCGGCGGCGCGGCGCCCGCCGCCCGGCACACCGUGCCCCACAACUGGCAGGCCACCAAGUCGACGGUGGUGGAGCGGAUAGCGUACCUGUUCAACAGCGCCGCCAUGUGCGACGUGCGCUUCGUGGUGGGCCGAGACGCCAACCGGCAGGUGGUGCCAGCGCACAAAUUCGUACUGAGCAUCGGCAGCGCCGUCUUUGACGCCAUGUUCAACAGCUCUCUGUCCACCGAGGACGAGUUUAUCGCACUGCCGGACGUGGAGCCGCAGGCGUUCCUGGCACUGCUGCGCUUUCUCUACACGGACGAGGUGCUGAUCGGACCCGAGACCGUCAUGACCAUCCUGUACACGGCGAAAAAGUACGCCGUGCCAGCCCUGGAGCGAGAGUGUGUCGACUUUCUGGAGCGCAAUCUCAGCCCGGACAAUGCGUUCAUGCUGCUAACGCAGGCGCGGCUGUUUGACGAGCCCGAGCUGGCUGCCCUCUGUCUGGACACCAUAGACAAGAGCACUGCCGUGGCACUGGCCGCCGACGGAUUCGUGGAUAUCGACCGCGACACACUGUGUGCUGUCCUCGAGCGGAACAUGCUGCGCAUCCGGGAGUCGCGCCUGUUCGCCGCCGUCCUCAGGUGGGCGGAGGCGGCGUGCCGGCGUCACGAGCUGCCGCCGACGCCGGAGAACCUGCGCUCCCAGCUGGGUGACGCGCUCUACCUGGUGCGCUUCCCGCUGAUGAGUGUCGAGGAGUUCGCGGCCGGGCCGGCCCAGAGUGGCGUGCUCACCGACCGCGAGGUGGUGCAGCUGUUCCUCUACUUCACAGUGAACCCGAAGCCGCGCGUCUCGUUCAGCGAGACGCAGCGCUCCUGUAUGAUGGGCGUGGAACAGUCGGCGUGCCGGUUCAGUCAGGUAGAGGCGCGCUGGGGCUACAGCGGCACCAGCGACCGAAUCAUGUUUUCGGUCGACCGCCGUAUAUUCGUGGUGGGCUUUGGUAUCUACGGCGCCAUCCACGGUCCGAGCGAGCACGGUGUGACCAUCGGACUGGUGAACGUCCGAACCGGAGAGGUGCUGGCCAGUCACGAGGUGACCGUGUUCAGUGACGGCUCGGAGAGCACGUUCCGCGCCAUGUUCCCGGAGCCGCUGGAGGUGGAGCCGGCCGUCCAAUACAUCGCCUCCGUUACACUAAAGGGUCUCGACUCAUACUACGGUACCCACGGCUCCCGACUGGUACCAGUCGAGUGCGCCAGCGGCGGUGGCAAGGUAACCUUCCACUUCGAGGCGCCAAUCGGUAACAACAACGGAACCUCGGUGGAAGACGGCCAGAUCCCCGAGAUCAUAUUCUAUGUGUGAGUUCAGUCGCUGUUACGGCGUUCGGCUGGGGUGGGUUGGGUCUCGUGCCCAAUAUCUCAGUUUCCGGGACGGAGAUGGUGAUUGAGCUCACCGGUCUUUUUCAUAUCAGAAUGCUGGUGUCUAAUGCUGCCAGGAAUAGAGAGUGACGACAUUGCGAUAGGUAUACUCAUUGUGCAAACAAGACGAUAAGUUUGUUCAGUUUAUUUGUGCGGUGUACGGUGUUCGGUUUGCCUGUGGAAUAUUUAUAUAUUGGCAUGCUCGUUUUGAAUUUCGCCUGUGCUGUACACUGUUUCGGGGCGGAACAGUGUUUCCCACCUCAUGGUGUUGCGGUGAGGCGCUGCCGGGCACCGGGCUGGGCCCGUGUGUGUGAGAGAUCUGUGCUCAUCAUGAGAGAUCUGCUGGUCGUGUGUGCCGCGGCUUGCCUCUGCGUAUUGUGUAUCGUGUUCUCUGAGUGUUAGCGCUGCCGAAUAGCGCGUCACUACCGGUCCUCUGCUGAAUUACUGCCACGAGCCGCUCCGUGAGCAGGCGGCGGCAGCGUCCGGGUGUUAGGAAGCGCUUCGUACGGUGUGGGCAACAGCAGACUUUACUGCCAGUCGGCGUCAAUUUCGGUCACGGGUGCCUGGUGCAUGCGGCACCCGCUGGCGAAACGCGCUUUGUGAUAUUAGGUUUGCUUCUUCAGAUGGAUAUUCUGGAGCUUUUGAGAUACAAACAGCGACAUGGUUGCCAAUGUAAGCAGACGUGGCGAGGGACUCGGCUGUUACUCGGUAAGGUGUUUUAGUGGUGUGUGCAACAACAGACAAGACAUUGCCAGUCUUGUAGGGUUGUCAUCCGAAGGUUUCUUACGCUGCCGUGAAUACGAUACGAUACGACUACCUGACUUGCUCUUGUGUGCUAUGAAUACAUCAUGUAUAUCGUCAGUUUUA